AAAGCGCGUCAUCUCUCCUCGGAACCCCAUGACGAAUCCACUGCUCCGUACCCACACUAAACGGCCUUGGGUGAGGCGAGGUGCGCUUGGCGUGGCAGAGCGGAGUGCGUCAGUGACAGAAGCCUCGUGCCCUCGAAGCAUCUGCACCUGAUCUUCUCGAGACGCAUUUGCCAUGCGGGACUUGAGCUUACUGUCACAGAGUGUGGGGGGUGGAGAGGGGGAUGCGCCAGCCUCUCUUUCGACGUUUUGCGGAUGAGGGACCUCUCUGCCUGUCCCAGAUCAUAUAUCUAUCCUCGCACUGAGCUGGGAAGCUCCAUUGCGUCGUAGCGAAGGAUGACAUGCGCGUGAGGAUGACAUGCGCAUGCUUUAUAUCGGCGAAAGCUCAUCGACGACGCCGUGUUUCUGGUGCCGUGCUGACCACCGAAGCGAUUGACCAGGCAGACGUGACGCGACCUACCCCCGUCUCGGUCAUUCGGGCCUAUCGCUAUCACGGAGAUAGCAGCGUCCAGUCGAGGUUUGAUCAGCCACAGUCGCAGCUAGCGUUCUUUGGAGUACUUGGCAUCAAAGUCAAGCAGUCCGGGUUGCCUUGCAUGAGGUCGGCGGACACUCGCCGAACUCGCCAUCACUUGUGCCGCGUACUCGAUACGCGCUCCAAUCCAGAACGGCCAAGGGAUGUCGGCUUGUCAGCUGACAUGAGCUCGUGGAGCACAAGCCUGGUAAAACCACACAUGAGGCGCCUUGCUCCACCGUGCUCGCGUUGCAAACACAGAGGCCUGAGCAUGCUACAGCGAACACGUCGAAGCGAACGCGCGCCCGACCGACAUUCGAGCACUUGGGGAACCCCUCGGUGUCUCUUGGGCAGGCCAUGGGCCGCCGGAUCGUUUGCCUCGUCGCAGAGAGUCCCUCGUCAGUGAGCGUCAGUAUUUGGCGGUCAAUUUCAUGCCUUCGGAAGAGCUGCUGCGCGCCUGACUCGGUAAGUAUGAUCCGUUCUUCACUCGCAACUCGGCUGCGAUGAUA